GCAGCUCUUAGAAGAAAAAAACCCACGUGAAUGUGAUGUAACUUAGAUUAAUUCUACCAAAGUAGUAGAGAUAUUUCCAAUUUUCUAUUUCAAAUUCAAAGAAAGCGAUGUUGAGAUCUACCUUAAUAGCCGUAAGAAGUGCUGUUCUACAGCCUGAGCAUUCCAAACUGCUAAAUUACGUUCAGCUGUCGCGUUUAUUGGGGACAAAGUUGAAAUAUUGCACAGCCCAGUCGAGUCCUAACACGAAAGCAGCUGCGUCGAAAGAAAGCGUUGAUUCAGAUCAGAAAUCUUCGCAGCCCGAAAUGAAAGCAGCAGAACCUGCCCAAGAAGUUAAAGAAACCGAAAACGAUCGUCUUUUAAAAGAAAAAGAAAGUUUGCUAAAAGAUCUUCAGGACAGGUACAAACGCUCCCUAGCAGAUAAUGAGAACAUACUGUCCCGCAGCAGAAAGCAAGUAGAUGAAGCCAGGCUGUUUGGUAUUCAGGCCUUCUCCAAAGACCUGCUUGAAGUUGCUGACAUAUUAGGAAAAGCAACAGAAACAGUUCCCAAGGAGGAGAUAGAUAAGAAUACUCACCUGAAGAACUUGUAUGAUGGGCUUCUAAUGACUGAAGCCCAGUUACAGAAGGUUUUCAAAAAGAAUGGUUUGGAGAAAGUGUAUCCACUAGAUGAAAAAUUUGAUCCACAUAGUCAUGAAGCAUUGUUUCAGAUUCCUUUACCAGAUAAAGAGAAAGGCACUGUUGCUGUUGUGGAAAAAGUUGGAUAUAAACUGCAUGGAAGGACACUUAGACCAGCUCUUGUGGGUGUUGUGAAGGAAUAGAAUAUUGGAUGUAGCUUUUAUUGAUUCAAAAUUAUAGGUUUCUGGAUUUUAACUAUGGUUAGUGGUGGUGGUGAGGAAGAUUAAAAUAAUCCUGGCAACUGCACCCUUGUCAGAUUGAGUCACACUCAAAUUUGUAAUAUCGUUGUCACAUGCAUUUAGGUGUGAAUAAGUAUUUCUCUAACAUCAUGCAUCUACCUGCAGCGUCCCCUUUAGCUAUUCAAUAAUACCAGGGCAAAAUGUACGUGUGCUUCAUCCAGGUUCAUGCAUUAAAAAAUAUGUACAUGGAACCUGCCUUUCUUUCAUUUCCCUCUUACCUUCCAAAUAUUAAGUUGACUUAUAUUGAGCUCUUUAAAAAUCAGAUCUCCCUUUUCUCGCUCCUCGUUUAUCUUAUUGUCUUCAUCUGCUCAAUAUGCUGAAAGCUAGAAUCUAAAUAAUGAUGGGAGAAGUUGUUACAACAUAACAACAACCCUUUAACAGAACAGAUCUCUCUUUUCUUGCUCAUUAUUUAUGUAAUUGCCUUCAUUUGCUCAAUGUUUGUUGAAAUCUAGAACUUAAACAAUGCAGAGAGAAAUUGUUACAAGACAACAACUGCUCUUGAACAUUACCAAAGUGAUACCUUUUAUAGCUUAUAUUACCUUGUCAUGUUCACUUUACUGGUGUUCAAUUUUUUCGUAGUUCUUUAACCAUAAACCAAUAUAUUGAUAUCUGUUGUAAAUGUGUAUCACAUUCUGAUAGUUAAUUUGUGCUAAAUGGAAUUUUUUUAAGCCAUAUGAAGUUUUCCUUUGUACUUUGAAAUUGAAAUUGGACAUAGAUGGAAAACAUUUUUUCAAAAUUUACUUUAUUUGUAAUACUUGUAUCCUCCUAGAGCAAAAUUCAGUUUUGAACAAUAACAUCAGUAAUUACCAAACAUAUUUUGUGUGAUUGUAUCUGGUAAAUUAAGUUUGGCAAACUCUAUCCUAAACAAUUGACAGGUUCCCUAUAAGAAAACCUUGUUCAGCAAGGCUUUUGAGGUUAAUUUGGAAGAUUCAAGACAAAUUUGCUCCUCAAUGUUACUUUAAUAAACUGGACUGGCUAAGAUUUUGCAAAGUCACUGCUUUAUAUUCUUUUAGUCAUUUGGCUUGUUCUUCCUGCAAAAAUCUUGUCAAGAGUAAUUCCUUCACAAGCUAUUUAAGCAUGUCAAUAUUCUUAUUUACAGCAUUCUAGAUACAAACUCAUUCUGACUAGAUGAAGUUUAUGGAAGUUAUUUAUAUAUUCCUUUAUCAGCAUCUUUCAUCCACUUUAACCCUUUAACUCCCAGAUCAAAUUUGUAAUUCUCCUUACUGUCAACCAUACAAUUCUUAUAAUGUUAGUUCAGAGAAUUUAGUAUUGGAUCAACUAAUUAUCCCCAAAUUGAUAUUUUUCUUUAUUCUCAUCACUUAUCUGGUUGAUAUUGUAUUGAUAUUGUGAGGAGAAAUUCUGUCUUGGUCACUCAUGAGAGUGAAAGGGUCAAAGUACUGAGUCUUUUUACUGGCUGCAGAAGCAAUUUGCUCUUGUGGUUUUCCAUAAAUAGGAUUUUUACACUUCUUAUGAAGUUUACAUAGUUAGUAUUUGUGUAUUUUUCUUAAGGAAAAAUUUGGAGCCCCACUAUGUUGUGUGUUCUGCACCUUCGUCUCUCGUUCUUAUGACCUCUUCAAAUGUAUUUCUUCUUCCUAGUCUUAUUUUAGCAUUUUGAUCAAGUGAAAGCGGUUAAAUAAAUAAAUGGCUGGUUAACACUUUGA